AUGGCGCCGCCCGUGCUCCCGAACCCAGCCAACUUCCUAGCCGUGGCGCUGGUUAUCAACAGGUCUCGUGAUGGUCCCAACUUCGUCUUCCAUUAUCCACCCCAUGUCUUGCCGCCCAACGUGCAAUCCAAAAGUCACGAGCCAGCCGACGGUUCGGCUGAGUAUGACGAUAUUCUACUGGAGCGUCUCAAUGCGCCCGGCUCAGCAUCGCUCGACUCCGAUGCUAACGCGGACGACCUCCAACAAUGGACUGCCAGAGACGACCACUUGAUCACCGAGGACGGAACACAAAUCGUGCCAUGGGAACACGUGGCUGGGUUUCCUACGAAAGAUCUCGCCAGCAUUCUGACCCCAGGUAGAGCAUACCACAAGAAGCUCUUCCAACUCUCCUUGGACCACCUAUUCUGUGUCUCCUAUCCCAUUCACGUCCCCGAGAGUGGGAUAUGGAAGAAGAAGAAGAAAAACAAAAAGGCCAAGUCAGAGAGGGCCAAGUCUGUGCGGACGGAAGAGUCGGCGGUAUUUGUCGACAUCGACGCAAAUGAGGAAACUGAAGACACCCCCAACUUCGCUGAUGCGUCGCAGAAUGAGACCAAGGACGAUGAACAGCCCCUGCAAGAUGAACCCGACGACAAGCGCGCCUCCAUGACCAUGUUCAACCUGGUUUUCUUUCUGAAUCCGAAGAAACAUGAAGCCAAAGAACUCAUCGAGACACUUUACAUCAACAUCAUUAAGAAGAUCAACAAGGCCUUCAAAUACUGCCAGCAGCGGAGCGAAUUCGUGUGGAAGGAGUCGAAGCGUAUAUCAGCCCUGAAGGACAAGGGACGGGAAGACAGACGCAAGAUGAGUUUACUAUGGGAGGAUAUUCUCGCGACAUCGUCCCUCGCAGCUUCUGUCCAGGACAUUUACGAAGCCGUCUCGCAAAACAAAAUUGCGGCCCUCCAGCUCGACACAGCAUUGGGUCCAGUCACUCCGUCCGUGCAGAUUCCCGUGCCGUUUUAUGUGACGGACUUACACAACUAUGGUCAGACGGAACAGAGGGGCCUCUGGCUGACGACUGCCAACUCGUUCAUCGGCGAAGACACCAUAGAUGAGCCAGGUUUCUUAGACCGAAACUUCGCCUUGCUGCUAAUGGGUGGUGAGAAGAAGAUCAUAGCUGAACUGCAGGCAGACCUGGAUCCGAGUACUGUGGCCAUGGUCGAGUUCGCCCGACUGUCGAAGCCGACACAGUCUUUCUAUCAAGUUGGUCAGAGCAAUGUCUUGACGUUGAGCCAAGUACGCAAGUAUGCGCAACACUUUAUAUUCUGGCGUCGUGCUAUUGCUAUUCCGCCCCUCCAUGCCCGCGACAUUUACAUCAUGUCCCCAAACUGCGACACCCACAACCUUCCCAGGGCGAGCCUCGAGUGGCAGAAGACGUUCCCCCUCGCACCACCGCUCAGCAACUUCCUCGCCGAGCUCUCGUACGCGCCGAGGUCAUAUAAACACUACUGCCCAAGCAAGGCUCAUCGGCCCACGUACCUCGCCAUGCUUGCGUGGCUCAUGCGCGGCGCGUGGGUAACUCAGCUGUGCACAUUCGCUUACGUUGUCGUGUGGCCAGAGAUUAUCUACGAGGUAGAGCACAAGCUCGAGAGCGACGAACUGCGUAAGGCUGAAGAUACCUCCUCCCUCAGCACCAGUAACAGUUCAGGCCUUGACGCAGAAGAGGGGCAGUCUGAGGCUGCAAGCAGCAGUGGUGGUGGUGGUGGCAUCGGCGGCAGCAGCAGCGGUGGCUUCGGAGCAUACGUCCCGUCGCAAAUCGAACAGACGGCGGAAAAGGCACGCCUGGAGCGCAUCGCAGAAAAGACGCAGCGUGUGGCGGCGGAAAAGGCCACAGCGCACGCGCGCAAGCUACCGCCGACCGCGACGGAUCACCCGUCGACCAACGAGGCGCCGCAUCUGGCGCGGAUGCCUCCUUACGUCAUCGUGGACGCCAAAAAGGCGACAGGUAAGGAGUCGCUCUACCUCGCGGCCAUCGGCAAGCGAUUCAAGGACCCCAAGGUCGCCAAGGCGUGGCAGGCCAUGUGGAAGUACUUCAACGGGCAGACGGCGCUGGAGAGGAUCGCGUUGCAGGAAGACAUGAAGCGUAAGGAGGCGUGGAAUCUGUUAACGGCAAUGAGCGAGCACCUGUUGUGUGUGAGGCAUUGGUAG